AUGGUUAGAGUUGCUGUUGUCCAGGAUGGAACGGUCAUCUACAAUACACAGAAAACCAUCGAAAAAGUGCGGGAGAUUACCCAGAAAGCAGCUGCGGAUGGCGCCGAACUCGUUUUGUUUCCUGGUAAGCUUUUCUAUUUAGGAUUGUAAUUGUAGAUGCCAUUUUGUGAAUAAAGCACGGUGUUUAAUGCCAUUUUAGAAGCCUUUAUUGGUGGGUACAUCAAGGGAGAAACUUUUGGAAUUAAGAUGGGAAUGAGGAGUGAAGAUGGACGGGAUGAAUUCAAGAAAUAUUAUAACAGCGCCAUCGAAUAUAAAGGGCCAGAAUCAGAAGAAUUGGCGGCAAUUGCGGCGGAAAAUGGAGUCAUUUUGGUGAUUGGAGUUGUCGAGAAGGAAGGAGGGACAUUAUACUGCUCAGUAAGUAAAGUUUAAAUGGAGGUUUGUAAAACAGGAAAGUUUUUGUCGUAAUUAAAGUGUUUGCAGAUAAAUUAUUUUAGGUAUUUUACUAUUCCGAAGCUGGAAAACACCUUGGGAAGCACCGAAAAUUGAUCCCAACAGCUUUGGAACGUUGCGUUUGGGGUCAGGGAGAUGGCUCAACCAUUGAAGUUAUCGAUACCAAACUCGGCAAGAUCAGCGCGGCUAUUUGCUGGGAGAAUUACAUGCCCUUACUCAGGUUUUCUCUUUAUAAAGAUGGAGUCCAAAUCUAUCUGGCCCCAACUGUGGACGAUAGAGAUGUUUGGCUUCCCACUAUGACCACAAUAGCUUUGGAAGGAAGAUGUUUUGUGGUAUCAUCUUGUCAAUUCUUGACUGCUUCUGAUUUCCCGGAAGAUCAUCCAAGUUACGAACCUCCAAAUGGCGAUGGAACUUCUAAAGUAUUGAUCAGAGGAGGGUCUUGUGUUGUGUCGCCAUUGGGCAAGGCGUUAGUUCAGCCAGUCUUCAACAAAGCUACAGUUCACAUAGUGGACUUGGAUCUAGAUGAAAUUAUUCGUGGGAAGUUUGAUUUGGAUACUGUAGGACAUUAUAAUCGGCCAGAUGUAUUCAAGUACUCCGUCAACAAAGAGAAAUUGUAA